UUUGGCAAAGUGCGAAAGCUGGUGGUCCGUCAGCUCGAGAACCUCGACCUACAGCCUAUCGACAAGAUCAAGAUCUAUUCUGACUUCAAGAUUAAUGCCCAGCUGCUGAUACCAUCAUACUCGACAUUAGCAAAGAGCCCCACGCUCCCUUCUUUAUCAGAGGCUGCAAAGCUUGACAUCGAAACGAUUCUCAGGCUCAUUAUGGUGAGGGAAAGAGCGUUGCAGAAGGCGGCAGAGGAUGGAUGCCGUUCACCGACGAGUGCGAGCGCUGGGGAUGAAUACGUCAGAAGAACCAUAUGCGAGAUCUUUGGUCUCCCCAACUCUUUAACGACUAAGCCGUUAAAGACUGCUGCUGAAGGAGCUCCCGCAAAUGGGGUUCAUGAUACCACGGGAGGCUCGGUUCCGAUAUUAGGGAAUCCCACUCCGGGGGAGAGGAAGAAGAAGAAUGCCAAUGCAAAUGGCACCUCCAAUGCGGUGAGUGACUGUUGUACAUUCAAACUCUCGUUUACUUAG